AGUCAUACAUGAAAACUCUGUCCAAGAAGAUACCACAAAUACAAAAAAAUAUAUAAAAUAAAAAAGAAAGAAAAAAAAAAAGUAUAGAAAAAAAAUUGCCAGUGGAAAGUGUGUGGAUUAUAAAGAAAAAAAAUCCUCUCAAAAAUUUAAUUUAUCUACAUUAAAAAAAUAUUAAAAUAAAAAUUUGUAAAAAUCACACACUGCAACUGCAUCCAACUCUAAACUACUACACAAAACAAAGAAAAAGAAAAACCCACAUCAAAGAAAAAAAAAAAACUUAUUUCGAUCCCCAACAAAAAAAAUUACACUCGAAUAAAAAACGAAACGAAAUUAUAGUUGUUUUUUGAUCAAAAAAUCCCAAUAACUUUGAGACAGUUUUCUUUCUGGGUUUGUCGUUCGCCUUGGAAUAAGCAUAUUUUGUCUUAUUUUCCAGAAAGUGAGUGAACAAGCUCAACAAAAAAAAAAGAAAAACUAAAAGAAGCAACAAAAAAAAACAACUAAAGUGAAUUAUAACAAUUUUAUUAAUAUUUUCACUUUGUUGAGAGUAUUGUUAAUUGUUUGGUUUGGGUCAAUAAACAGCCACAAUCACUUGAGCAAUAAGCGAUCUAGCAAGAGAGACGGAGACCUAGAAGCUAGAGUUGAGAUUGAGAAAAAAAAGGAAAUUUGCCAAAACAUAAACAAGAGAGUGGAAUUAUAAUAUUGUGACUGAUUGAUAGACGACAGGAGGAUCAACUUGAUUGAGAGAUACUUAUUUUGUGUGUUUGCGAAUCUUAAAACUCUCUCGUCCUCCAUUCAGUUCAGAGCCUUGUGGUUUAUUUUGGAACAACAGAAAGAAGAAACUUCAUUAGUGGGACAAUGAGUGAACUAUCACCAGAAGAGAUUAGAGCUAGAAGACUUCGUAUCUUAACAGCUGGUCUUAAUACAACACCACGUGCAGAGACUGAGAGUUCUCAGCAAGUAGAGACUCCCCGUAGUACAACGAAUGUGGCAAAAGAAUCCCGAUUGGUUAAAAAUGCAUUACAAAUGACAUUGGACACAAAUACCAAUAAACCAAAUCCCGAAUCAACAAUUACCACAUCGCCCACUUCGACUUCAACUUCGACUGCACCCGAACCGGCACCUUCAACUUCAUCAACAACAAAAUCAAUUUUAAACGAUGCCGUUCAAAAAAUGGAAACUGAUGAGUUUCUGCUGCCCGCCGCAUGCCGCAAAUCCACUGAUGGCAAUGGCAAAUUCAAAGAUUCCGAUUCAGGAAUCGAAAAUAUGGAAACCAGUGAAAACACAUCACCUGUCACAGAAGGCUCAUGCCUUAUGAUUCCAGCUAUCGAAGCCAUCGAAGAGAAAAUCGAACAAUAUGUAUCGAAGAUAUUGAAUGCCACAUGGAAUGACAAUAGCUGUGGCAAAUUAAUAUGCGCACAAGUGGGUAAUCUAAUUGAAAUGUAUCCCGAAAAACGCUACGACUUCAAAACACUUGUUUCCGAAAUCCUCAUGGAAUGCGUUACGAGAAUAUACAACAACGAAAAGCCCGAAUCAGCUGAUUCCGAUAACUGCGAUCAAUAUUCGACCCCGAAAAAGAUCAAAAGUGACGACACCGAAGUGCAAGAGAUACUUGCAAAUGUUGUUGCCAGCGGAAGUACGCCAGAAGCUGAUGCCAAGGCUGAUCAGCCCAGUUCAUCGCGCACAACGCCCAGCGAUCAACAACCUUUGAAUCCCUACAUGAAACCCUUGCGCCAAGGCAAGACUUCUGUUAUUUUGUAUCUCAUCAAAUGCUACAAAAAUUAUCAGAACGUUAGCAGUAGGCCUGAUCUCACAGUUGAUCCCUUGUUUAAGACAACACUGGCAUUCAUUCAUCAAUCCAUAAUGCGAUUCAGUAUUCUCGCUCUGAAUGAUACCCUUCAUCAGCACACAGCCUAUCAGUUGGAUCAGUCGUAUUUGUUGGAAAUUAUUUACCAAGAUCGUUGUCCCGAAGAAUUUUUGCAUGACUUGGUCGCAGAAGCCUACAAAUCACCAGAAGAUUUUGAAUACAUAUUUGGUCAGGUGUUGCGGGCACUUUUUAUGGGAAUGCAGAGGAAUAUUUGCACGACUUACAUGCAAACUGAUCAGAUACAGACUUUGGCCAAUUUGAUUGUUAUCAAGGUGGGCAAUGCUCGACCGAUUUGUGAUUUGAUGGUAAAGCAAGCGAACUUCUUGCCAGAGCUCUGCACAAAGAUCGCCGGUCGGGAGAUUGUCAAAUGCAGUUACUUAGGACCAUUUUUAUCGGUGUCAAUGUUUGCCGAGGAGAAUAUCAAAUUUGCUGAGACAAAUGGUAGAAGUUCAAUUUUGGCAGUGACUUCGGGAAAAUUUAGACUCCAACUCCAUUCAAUGCGAACUCUAAUGCACACAGUGUUCCAUUCAUUACUUGUUAAUGUCAACAGUCGUCCCAUCACACUAGAAUAUAUCUCACAAAUCCUUUGGCACAAUGACAGACGUGUGCAGAUUGCAUCCGAUGAGAAACUUUUAGCCCGAGAUGGUUUUGUUAUUAAUCUUAUGGUUGUUUUGCAACAACUAUCGGUUAAAAUCAAAUUAGAUCGUGUCGAUCCAUUAUUUCCAUUCUAUUCGGAUACAUUGAUUUACAUCGAAAGUGAUACAAAACUACGUUUCACCGAGGAAGAGUAUAAACGGUUCCUUGAGCGUGAUUUUAAAAAUACAGAACAUAAAGCCAAUUUCCAAACGCAAUGUUGGUUCUUGACAUUGCAAGCACAUCAUUUAGGAUUUAUGCCAGCUAUUCAGAGGUAUCGACAAAAAACACGAGCCAUCAAGGAGUUGCAGAAAUUAAUUGAUGAAUUGGAAAAGACCAAAGCCCAUUGGGAGAAUACUCCGUAUGCCAAACGUAACAAACAAUUUAGAGAUCGUUGGAUUAAACAAUUGAAGAAACUCAAUAGAUCAAAAAUCUGCAGUGAAGUUUGUCUCUUGGAUCCAAAACUAAUAACAUCAUGCAUGUACUUCUAUUCGACUGUUUGUGAAUUCCUAUUGUAUCAAAUGGAAGGUCGUAAAAUCGAAGGUCCAUUUAUUUCAAAAGUGGCAGCGCCUCUAAUGAAGCCCACUGAUGCAUUUGCCGCACUGCCCGAGUGGUAUGUCGAUGAUAUUGCCGAAUUUAUAUUGUUCGCCUUGCAGCAUGCUCUAGCCGAUCAAAAUGCAGUCCGUCAAUCAAUCGAUCAUCCAAUAAUAACAUGGUUGCUGACGUGCGUAUGUGCUCCGCAUUGUAUAAAGAAUCCAUAUGUCACUGCCAAAUUAGUUGAGGUACUAUUUGUGUUCUCAUUGGCUCCAUCAAGUUCUUCAUUAAAUGUUUUGAUGUGGAAUCAUGAACUGUCACAAACAGUUUUGGUCAGUUCGUUGAUGAAAUUCUACACAGACAUCGAAACAACUGGACAAAGUACUGAAUUUUACGAUAAGUUUACGAUAAGGUAUCAUAUAAGUCAUUUAUUCAAAUCAAUGUGGGAUAGUCCAAUACAUCGGCAGGUCAUGAUAACGGAAUCUAAAUCGGGCAAACAAUUUGUUAAAUUUGUCAAUAUGUUAAUGAAUGACACAACAUUCUUGCUAGAUGAAUGUUUGGAGAAUCUUAAACGUAUUCAUCAGACUCAGGUUCUGAUGAUGAAUGAGAGCGCCUGGGCUGAUAUGGGAUCGGAACAACAACAAAACAGACUCUCACAAUUGUCUACAGAUGAACGGCAAUGCCGGUCAUAUUUAACACUUGCCAGAGAAACUGUAGAAAUGUUCCAUUAUUUAACAGAUGAUAUUAAGGAGCCCUUCAUGAGAGCCGAACUUGUUGAUCGGCUGAGUUCAAUGUUGAACUUUAAUUUACAACAAUUGUGCGGGCCAAAGUGCAAUGAUUUAAAAGUCCGAAAUCCAGCAAAAUAUGGCUGGGAGCCAAGACGCCUGCUCGGCCAAAUAUUCGACAUAUAUUUACAUCUUGACUGUGAUAGAUUCGCGCAAGCGCUUGCCGCUGAUGAGCGAUCAUUUCAAAAGCAUCUCUUCGAUGAUGCAGCAAAUCGUAUCGAACGACUUGGCAUUCGAUCGACAAUUGAAGUGGAAAAGUUUAGAGCAUUGAUUACUAAAGCUCAUGACACUUAUGUUGCUAAUCAACAAGCUGAAGACGAAUGCGCUGAUGCGCCCGAUGAAUUUAAAGAUCCACUUAUGGAUACUUUAAUGCUAGAUCCAGUUGUUCUUCCGUCAGGUACGGUAAUGGAUCGUGCAAUAAUAACCCGCCAUCUUCUAAACAGCAGUACGGACCCCUUCAAUCGGCAACCAUUAACCGAAGAUAUGCUGAUCCCAAAUGUCGAACUUAAAGAUCGAAUCGAUGCAUGGCGGAGGGAGAAGCGAGAUAAAAGACAAAAUCAACAGCAAUUGGACUUAUUUGAUAAAAGUAGCUAAGCACAUUAUUAUUAUAUCAUAAUUUUUUUUUUUUCUCAAAAAAAGGAAAUACUAAAUAAUUAUAAUUAUUUUUUGUUUUUUUCUAAAUUUUUUUUUAUAUGCAAUUCGUUUAUAUAAGUAAAAUUAUUUCAUCCGUUUAAAAUUUU